ACUGGUGCGAGCAGCUGGAGUGUGGGCAGAGGAGGGACUGCGGGCACCACGUCUGCCAGCAGUGCCAGGGGGACUCGAAAAGUGCCGGGAUCCUGUACUGUGUUCAGUGUUUGCAGGACCAGGAAACGCAGCUGCUCAAGGACCUGGACCGGGUGCACAUGGUGGAGGAGAGCGAGUCCCUGCCGGGCCCGUCCCACCGGUGCCUUGUGGUGCAGGGGCCGCAGGAGGCUCGGGGGCGGCUGGACCAGCGGCUGGCCGAGGUGGAGGCUCAGCAGAAGACCUUGCAGAACAUCGUGACGGUGCUGAGCCGGGAGAUGGGCCGGCGCGAGGGGGCCAGAGGCUCGGCCAACAGGGGCUCGCCCAACGUCCUGGGGGAAGCCAUGGCCCGCAUCCUGUACCUGGAGGAGAAGGUGGCCAAGCAGGACACGCUCCUGGCCCUCAAGGAUGUGAUGAUCAGCAACCUAGGGGCCCGGGUCGAGGCCCUCGAGCACACCUCCUACAACGGGCAAUUUCUCUGGAGGCUCCCUGACGUGAGGCGAAAGAUGCAGCAAGCCCUGUCCAAACAGACACCUGCCGUCUACUCUGCCCCCUUUUACACCGCCCGCUACGGCUACAAACUCUGCCUCAAGAUUUACCUCAACGGGGACGGCACCGGGGCCGGGACGCACAUCUCUCUCUUCUUGGUGCUGAUGAGGGGCGAAUACGAUUUCUGGCUCAACUGGCCUUUCCAUCUCAAGGUCACCUUCACGCUCCUGGAUCAAGUCGGCGAGCGUCACUUCUCGCACUCUUUCCGGCCGUCGCCAGCCUCCUCUUCCUUCCAGCGGCCCGUGAGCAAGUGCAACAUAGCCAGCGGCAUCCCCGAAUUCUUCCCCCUGUGCCAGCUCCACGCCCCGGGAGCCACCUACAUCCACGAGGACACUUUAGCCUUCGAGGCCGUGAUCGGCGACACCAACCUCUAGGGUGUGGCAGUUCGCCCUGCGGCCCACGGGACUGGGGCUUGGGCCUCGCUCGGGCCUAGAGACAUAGCCGACAGCUUGGACUCCCAGGUUGGCGUCUUUCAAGAUGGCCGCCCGCACUGCCUCUCCCCCGCCAAGCUUUCGCCCAAGGUGGCUGCCCACAACACAUCUCCCCCACAAGCCUUCGCCCAAGAUGGCCACCCACAGCAGCCAUCCACAACACAUCUCCCCCCACCAAGCCUUCACCCAAGAUGGCCACCCACAGCAGCCGUCCACCACGCAUCUCCCCCCAACCAAGCCUUCGCCCAAGAUGGCUGCCAACACCUCGCUUCCCCUCCGAUGGCUUCAUCGAAGAAGCUGGCCAUGAAAAAUGGAGGUUGACCCUUCUUGGUAACCACCAUGGAAGAGGUUUUCGAACAAGAUGACCCUUAAGUCUCUUCCAAGAUGGCCACCCAUGAAUAUGUUCUACUUCCUUUGAAAGCUUGGUCCGAGACGGUGGCCACAAAUAAUGGAGGGUGAGCCCUUGGGGCAGCCAUCUUGGAAGAGACGAAGGUGGAGGGAGACCUUUAAGCGUCGUCCAAGAUGACUGACCAUGGGGACUGUUGUGGCAGCCAUCUUGGCAGCUGUUCUAACAGUGGAAGAGCCCCAUAAAUACAAAGCCCCCCCAGUAUGGAGCUCGCCGUCAGUGCUUGCAAGUACCUCCAGCGGGGAGACAAUUCCCCCCACACCUCAGAGACCAGCUGCACUGCCAUUCCUGGGGGGCUUGUUCCCCAGCUCUUAUUUUCGUAGACCCUACACAAAGUCAUACUGAACGCGACCUCAGGAGCAACAUGCCAAGGAGCUCUGGGCUUUUCAGGAGUCCGAUGAUCCCGCUGGGACGGGGAACAGGAUGGCCA